UGAUGACAAUUUGUAAGAGACUAUCACAAUAAUACGGUUUUUAUUAAAAAAAUCACAGCUUAAGGCUUUCCUUUUGAAUUCUUAUUUGCGCCAAAUAUUUUUAGUACAUCAGGGAUGAUGUUGAGAUAUAUCGACAGCUGUACAGUCAGCGUGCUUUUCGAUUGCUGGCAAGCGCCAUUUUUUGUAAAGCGUUUUGAUUGCACGCGACAAACACACAAACUAAUAGAGAAAUAUUGAAUUAUAAGCUGUUAGUCGUUAGAAUCAUGGAGGAAAAUUCGGGGCUUCUUGAGUUUCAGGCAACCGAGGAGGAGCUCAAGUUCAUGCGCGAGUCUAAAUCUACAAAGCAACCCUUGGGCAUCCUCCAGGAGAUGCUAUCCCGACGCGGCAUCGUCCCCAUUUUCGACCUUAUCCAUACUGAAGUCCCAGCCGGGCACGUGGAGGAAUACUGGUUCCGCGUCGUCUUCAAGGACAGGGAAAUUACUUAUUUCGCUUUGGGUUCUGGACGCUCUAAAAAGGCCGCCAAGCAAGAUGCGGCACGAAACCUCAUCGAAAAAUUAUCUGGAUCACCUAGUAGUGGCCCCAAUCAAGAGGCAAGUUCAGAUGUCGUCGACAAGGAUGAUGCUCAUUCUGUCCGCCGGCUGAACGAGUUGUGUGUAGGACGCCGCUGGCCACCGCCGAUUUAUGACUUGGAAAUUGGGGACCCCAAUAAGCUGCACCACACGGUCGUUUGCUCGGUCCUCGAUUAUCGCGAGGAGGGCAAGGGUUUUACCAAGAAAGAGGCCAAGCGUUUGGCCGCAAAACAAAUGUGCGUCCGUCUGCUGAAGGAGCCCAUUUACUCCGAGGAAGUUGAACAGAUGGAUGUUGGGGAGCCGAACGAGGAAGAGGUGCUGCCGAAGCCCCAAUUGGUCAAGAAACUGAUGCCGAAACCCGAAAUGGGAAAGAAACUGAUCAAUAUACAGGAGAUCUGUCUGAAGAACACUAAGAUUGAACACAAGAAACUUUUAGACGAGGUUGCUGCGGAGAAUGGGUGUAAUAUCACCUACGUGGAUAUCGACGAGGCCUCCUUCACUGGGAAAUUUCAGUGCCUGGUCAUGAUCUCCACGUCGCCAGUGGGAAUAUGUCACGGCACUGGGGCCUCGGUUGAAGAAGCCCAGUCGAAUGCCGCCCAGAAUUGCCUUGAAUUCCUGAAGAUAGUCUCCCUAAAGGGCAAGAUUAUUGAGCAAGCGAUUGCCAAGUUAAACUAAGAUAUUUCUCCCUUGGUACAACUUUUUUUUUAUUAAUCUGUAAGAUUUAACUAAUUCUAGGGUGCAACAGAAAACACUCUCCACCGAACCCAUCUUACCGGAUGUACAUGUAUUCUAAGAAUGUGAAAAAUGUCAUAAUGUACCUACAUAUUUGAAAAACGUAGAUUCGCUUUGCUUAUGUUCAAAACCACCAAAAUGUUAAGCCAUAUGAUGUUUAAAAAUGCGAAUAAACUGAAUGUAA